GGGUGUCGUCCUCUGAGGCGGCUGAGGAGAGGGGUCGGUCCUCUUCCCCCCGCGGCGCCUUGAGGAAGGAGGUGGGGGGAGUUUAGGGAAGUCUCCAGAGUUUGGGAGGUGGGAGGCCCUUGGCGUGAGGACUGUGGGCAGGGGAAGGUUGUGCUGUUGUUGAAAAUUGGCGUACAGGAGUUUUAUUUGUAACUAAGCCUGUCAGAGGGAGGUGCUCUGUCUCUGGAUGUUCCCCAGCAGGCCGGUUAGGUUUUGGGUGUCCUGGUCCCUCAGGAGUUAUUUCUGUUGUUUGAGGGCCUGCUGAGGGGAAUGAGACCUCAUGUAGUGUUAGUUAGUGGCAGAUUUUUCUUCUGGGCUAUCCUUUAGAAAAUUAAAAAGGCUGCAGGUGUGUGUUUUCAUGACUGGGAAACCAGAGUAUUUAAUAACUUAGGGAGUAAAAGCACCAAGGUUUCCAUUCUGGAACAAUGCCAGUACCAGAUGUACCUAAAAAAUGCAGAGUUGAGGCACCUGUGGUACCAAACGCACCUAAGAGUAGCAGACUCAAGGCACCUGUGGUACCAAACGCACCUAAGAGUAGCAGACUCAAGGCACCUGUGAUACCAAACACACCUAAAAGCAGCAGUCUCAAGGCACCUGUGGCACCAGAUACACCUAAGAACAGCAGAAUCAAGGUGCUGGCAGCCACUAAAGUGUUGAAUCCUCGAGAUUUUGUGUGCAUUCAGGCUUUGCCUGGCUGUGGUCAGAAGGAAGGAAAGGUCUUAGCCAGAGGCAGAACAAUUUACAGAAGCAGUGAACCUUCAAGAGAACAAGUGUUCUGGGAAAACUACCAUAGGAGGCAAAAGCAAUUCACUCAGGGACUCUUCACCCCCCCUGGGAAGCCUUAUCGGGAGCUUGGAGAGAUUCUCUACAUAGAUCCGAAGAAACUCACACUCUACUCUUUGGGGCAGCUUGCACAGGAACCAGUGAAAAAAGAUGUGCAGGAAAAAACACCCAAAGAAGUGGCUGAGGUUACUACUGACAAGUACUCUUUCAAUCCAGAGUCUGAUCCACUGGAACCAGAGAAGAGGCUCUCCCUGCUUAGAGAAACAGGAAAGGAGCUGAGGACUCUUAGUAGAACUCUAGCUCGCUCAAGGCAGCAUAUCAGUUCUGUGAAGCAAGGUGGAGAAUACUUUUAUAUACUUCACCAAGAAUCACUGGAGAGGCAGAAUGCGCUGACAGUAGCCCAGCAGGCUCAGGGCACAAGAUGGAGAACUGAGUUCCAGCCACCCAAAUACUCCUUUGAUGCAGAAGAGUCAGAGGAAGAAAUAAACACUUGUUCUCCAACAGAAGGCAACUACCUGAGGAAGUCAGGGAAGAAGAAAAAAAAGAUGACCUUACGGUCUUUCACUCCUGUUUAUACCAGUGUCUUGACUCCAAGCCCCCCUGGAGCAAAAAGUGAACAUCUUUUCCGACAGCUGUGCGCUAUACACUGGCUUUUGGAAGCUUUGACUCUUGAAUCCAACAGUUCAAUGCAUUCCAUAUUAACCUGUUGGAAUCCAAUGGACCCUGGUGGUUGUAAAAAAACAGUAAAAGAAAUAGAAGAGGAAAAGUUUGCAACAUAUAUGUGGGAGCUCUUUAUUACAAACACAAAGAAAUGCACCUGGAAAGCACGAUACACUCCACUUCACAGGAAGAUAAACAAGACAUCUAUUCCAGGCAUCUCUCAGCUUAGCAGUCAGUCAUCUCCCCGUGGUCAAACUCCUCGUGGCAGCGAAACUUCCACUGUACUUUGCUCUGAAGACAACAUCAAGAUUAGCGUAGAUUCAUCUGAUGUUAUGAGUGAGUCAGCACAAGCUAAAGAACAACCACUUCUUUUCCCCUCCCUACAGAAAGUCAUCCAGACAAUACGUGAAAAGGUGUCAAAAGAUAUCCAUAAACAAGAAGAUACGGUUAAGAAGAUUGGACUGCAGCGUUUGUUGCCAGUGGCUCAGAACAACUACAGAGUAAAUAUGCCAUUCAUUAAGAACCAAGAGAGUAUAUCUUCAAGGAAGCAGAGGCCUAGAAGGCAGGGCUGCCAUAUCAGCUCUUUCAUUAAAAGCAAAUCUAACUUGUGUGCCGACGUGAGGCAGAAGUUCUCAGCAGUACGUGAAGAAGCAGCUUGUUGUUUACAUGAUACCCUAGUGAGCCUUGAGAGGAGGCAGGAAGAGCGAUGUUGUCAAAAAUACCAGGCUUUGAAACAAUUGAAGUAUUUCCGGAGAGACGUGGAAAGAAUAAGACAGCUGGGCAUGAGAGCUGAAAGAGAACAUGAUGAAGAUGGACUACACUGGUUUCCUGUAUUGCUUGCCAGACUCCCAGAGUCUGUGAAGAGUGACCGUUAUGUACAGAAAAUCUUAAAGAAACUAGAAAAAUAUGGCAAGAUUCCUGACUUGAAAAUUCAUCCAGACACCUUUCUUAAGGCUCUGGCUGAUCUACAGGUGUGGGAGCUGUGUUCUCCAGAAAUUGCUGCAGCUGUGGAGUUUGUACGUGAAAGUAUUGUGCAGAUGUCAGAAGAGGAUUUCAGCGAGUGGUUUCAGACAAGAGUAGCCCCCCUCACUGCAGAGUCUUCCACCUUUUAAUCAAACGGCCAGAUGAGAUGGUUUUCCAGCUACAACUCUCUCCAACCGAAAACUACUGCCUGUUGAGAUCUGCCUCAAGGAAGACUAGAGAAGGGGAGUUAACUUCAGGAAGUCCCACCGACCGCUCUUGCACAACUGCAGCUUGUCCCUCUGCAAUCCUUCACUGGCUGUCAUUUGCCAUAGAAAAUAAAAACUAAAUACUGUUGCUCCUUCCCAUAUGAUGUCUUGGACACACCAUCAAUUUUCAAUCUCAUCUGACCAUGUAGGAUGAAGACUUGAGUUUCUAAUCACAGGUCAGGUUAUUUCUUCAGAUAUUCCUCUACCAAUACCUACACUAUAACAGGCAUCUACUCAGUGUGGAUAUACUGAUUUCCAUAUCUAAAUAGCAUUGUCUCUGCUUUUCAUUUUAGCUCUCCUUUAUAAGAAAAUAUC